UGAUAAGGACGAGGCUGCAGGGACAUGACUGAUCAACACUCCCUUCAUCUGUACUGCAUCCGAUCCUUAAUCUCAACUGAGAGAGAGACAGAGAGAGAGAGAGAGAGAGAGCUAAUGCGCUGUGUGUGAGGCCAUGAUGGAUAUGUGAUGGAGCAAUAAGAACAAUGGCUCUGUGCGCAUGCAGUGUGAGUCCCAAAAUACCGCGGCUAUAAUGAGAGAGAGAGAGAGAGAGAGAGAGAGGCUGGAAGAGGGCUUGGAGGAAGGAGACACAGACGACGACUAGGCUGUAGCCUGCGAGACAGAUAGAUGAUCAUGAGCUCGGAUUUAUUUUAAAGAAACUGGGUGGAAAAAAGACAUAACUCGGAAUCGGUGCUGGUUGGAUUAGUGCGCGAACAAGCGUGGGAAGGAUUUAAAAAAAAAAAACAAUAAACAAGAAACGUUUUGAGGUCGAUAGCGCAAGCGCAUGCUUCUAUCAGGCUCGCACCCAUGGAUCAGCCCACCAAGCUGCCCCCGUCGAGUCCGUCCUCGCCCACGGCGGCCUUCUCUGUGCCCAGUGCUGAGAAGGUGGAUGGCUUUCCACGCCGCUCCAUGCGUAGGGCCCGCCAGAGAAGGUCACACAGCUCGUCGCAGUUCCGUUAUCAGAGCUCGCAGGUGGAGCUCACACCUCUGCCUCCGCUCAAAGAUGCCCCAGUGGCAGAGCUGCAUGAUCUGUUCUGUAAGAAGCUGCAGCAGUGCUGUGUGCUGUUUGACUUCCUGGACUGUGUGGCUGACCUGAAGGGGAAAGAGAUCAAGCGUGCGGCACUAAAUGAGCUGGUGGAGAGCGUGGCCACCAGCCGCGGUAUUCUCAUUGAGCCCCUCUAUCCUGAGGCUAUCAAGAUGAUCUCAGUGAACAUCUUCCGUACUCUGCCGCCCAGUGAGAACCCAGAGUUUGAUCCAGAGGAGGAUGAACCCACACUGGAGGCCUCCUGGCCCCAUUUACAGUUGGUCUAUGAGUUCUUUUUACGCUUCUUGGAGAGUCCUGAUUUCCAACCCUCCAUGGCCAAACGUUAUGUGGAUCAGAAAUUUGUUCUGCAGUUGCUGGAGCUGUUUGAUAGUGAGGACCCCAGAGAGAGGGAAUAUCUGAAGACUAUACUGCAUCGUGUCUAUGGCAAACUGCUCGGCCUCAGAGCGUACAUCCGGAAACAGAUCAACAACAUCUUCCUCAGGUUCAUUUAUGAAACUGAACACUUCAAUGGAGUGGCUGAACUGCUGGAGAUUUUGGGCAGUAUCAUUAAUGGCUUUGCUCUGCCUCUGAAGUCAGAGCACAAGCAGUUCCUGGUGAGGGUCCUAAUCCCCUUACACACUGCCAAAUCUCUGUCCAUCUUUCAUGCACAGCUUGCCUACUGUGUUGUGCAGUUUAUGGAGAAAGACGCAACUGUUACAGAAUAUAUCAUCAGAGGGUUGCUGAAAUACUGGCCUAAAACAUGCACUCAGAAAGAGGUAAUGUUCCUGGGGGAGAUUGAGGAGAUUCUGGAUGUGAUUGAGCCAUCACAGUUUAUCCGUGUGCAGGAGCCACUUUUUAAGCAGAUUGCCAACUGCAUCUCCAGCCCCCACUUCCAGGUUGCAGAGCGGGCUCUGUAUUUCUGGAAUAAUGAGUAUAUUCUGAGUCUGAUCGAAGAGAACUGUCAGGCCAUCCUGCCUCUGGUCUUUGGCACGCUUUACCGAGUCUCCAAAGAGCACUGGAACCAAACUAUUGUGUCACUUAUCUACAACGUCUUGAAGACCUUUAUGGAGAUGAAUAGUAAGCUUUUUGAUGACCUUACUGCCUCCUACAAAGUGGAGAAACAGAAGGAGCUGAAGAGGGAGAAGGAGCGUGCUGAGUUGUGGAAGGGGCUGGAGGAGCAGCAGGAGCGGAGGCUGCAGAGUCUGGGGGAAGCAAGUCGCAACCAAAAGAACCUGCAAGAGCGAGAGAACCUGAGCAAGAACGAGCCGGAGAGCAGCGCUGCCAAUGCCACCUAGAACACACACACACACUCACUCACACACACACACACACAUACACACAGACAAAUGCACAAGCCAAUAUGUACAAACAUGGAGAACAUAAUAACACACACUUUGUUUUACUGACAGUUUUUACUCUGGAACUUACCAUCACCUCUUAAAACAUACACACAUACACACACACACACAGAUACACACACAAAUCAUACAGACAACAUUGCUGGAACAAUCAGAGAGAACAAACCAACAGCCAGUUGUCUAUAUGUAGAUAUACAAGCCACUCUCACACUCACACACAUAGAAGUGAGAUGUAAAUGAUGCAGAAAGAAAAGAUGAGUACCUCUCACUCUUCAUGCCUUUUAUUCAUUUCCGCUGUCUCGAUACAUAUCGUACACGCUUCUUACUCAAUCUAUCGCUUUCACUGCUUCCCUUCUGUUUCUCUCUUCCUCUCAUUGACACUAAAUGUAUACAUGCAUACACACACUGAUACCUACACACAAUGAAGACACAAGCAGAACAAACAAGUACACACAAUACAUGCACGGACACAUGAAUGGAUUGGAGUCACAUAAACAGGCACGACACACACACACACACACACACACACACACACACUGUCAUCAGUUAAACUCUGGAACGGGUCUAAUCUCGCUCGGGACCUCUCUCAGUCCCAGUGUCAUGUCCUCCAUUCGACUUACACACUCUCCCAAAAGAUGAAGCAACAUGCUGAAAAUGAUGAUGAUUAUGAAGAAUUAUGAUGAAGAUAACUCUGUAAAAGUAAUGGUUAUAAUGUUCUUAUUACAGCUUAUUCUAUAAGUAACACUUCUAUUGCUAUUUCAACUGAUGUUUUUAUAUAUACAUAUAUAUAAAUAUAUAUAUAAAUAUAAUAUCUAUGUCCGAUUAUAGUGUUGGUGGGGGUAUUCUAGUGUAGCACCUCUUAAACAUGACAAAAGUAUGCUGCUAGACUAAACUUGUUCUGAUGUGAAGACAAAACAUUACACUAGUCCGUUCUUCUUCUGGGGUUUCUUUAAAAAAAAAAAAAAACAUCCAAAAUGUAUUACUUUAGCAAUAUUCUCAUCUACUUUGAAUGUGUGUCAGCAGUUUUCUUUGGAAACCAUACCGCCUACUUCAGUACACAUAGUUCUAAAGAUGGGGUUGAUAUUUUGUUGAUUGUUUUAAUUUUUAUUUUUGUAUAACAGUUUGGCUGUUGAUAUUUAUUAAUAUUUAUUUCAUAUUGUGACCAUCUUGGAGCAAAAACUUGAUGAACAAGACUGGAAGUGACCGUAUGCUUGGGCGUACUUAAGUCUGGGAUGGAUUGUCAAUGUUUUGAUGUUGGAUGUUGGUUCUGUACCAGCAUAUUCCAUGACUUUCCUCUGUUUUCCUCUGAAAAAAAAAACAAAAAAACAAGAAAGGUGUAGAAAAACCAUCUCAUUUUGUUAUUGAUUUUGUAAAAGGUGCAGUUCAUUUCCCCAUACUUCCUCCAUUGAGAAGGGUUAGAUGUGAGAGAGUCAGUAAGGCACUCAGUAGAGUAGAGAGAAGGCAAUACAUGAACUGGAGCUGUAAGCAUAAGUAGCACCACUUCAACUAGAAUUGCACUGUCCUCUUGAUGUUUUGUGUUUAAAUAUAGCAAUGUAUUUUUGGGGGACCAACGGCUUUGGGAUAUGAAUGUAUAAAAAUAUGGGAUAUAAACAUGAAAAUGUCUGUUGAAGUGCUUCAAAUGGAGAAAUGAGUGUUAUAUGUCGUUAUUCGCGAAGCACACACAAAACAGAGAAGAAAAAAAAUGGCUACCUCAGAUUCACUGAUUGAUUGCUCACCCUUUUG